CUGCUCCUCAGCCUCCUGCGAAGUUUACCUCCAGCUGUCUGCGACGUGACAGAGAGACAUGGCUUCUUCUUGGAGACUCUGCCAGCUUUUCAGCAGGGCUGCUGCUGCUCGCAGGACACUGUACCUGAGCAGACCAUGCCUGAGAGCAAUGAGUGUUGGGGCUCUCCCCACUGAUGAAGAGCAAGCAACUGGCUUGGAAAAGAGAGCAAUUCAGUCCCUGAGUAAAGGAAAGGACCCUUACAGCAUCCUCAAACCAAAGUCCUAUCUGGGAACCAAAGAAGAUCCUCAUAUUGUGCCUUCCAUCAACCAAAAACGAAUCGUAGGCUGUGUUUGUGAGGAAGAUAACUCGCAAAUCAUUUGGUUCUGGGUGCAUGAAGGUGACCUUCAUCGUUGUCCUUCUUGCGGGGCGCAUUAUAAACUAGUGCAUCAUGAACUUCCUCAUUAGCCUAAAUCAAGAGGCUCGAACACUGAUUUUUACAUUCUUUCAGAAUAAAAAUCUCACUUUAUUGCACUUGGGGGACUUAAUAUAAAAAAUUAUGUUUUAACCACUGUCUAUGUAUAACAAACUCUAUCCUUCAAGGUGGUGAUGCUGUUAUGAAAUAAAGUAAUAUAUUACAUGGUUGA